AUAUGAAAAAGGACUAGAUGUUUGUUAUCCAUUAUCUACAAUUACUAUUCCAAAGUUGAAUUCUGAAAAUGCCUUACAAGAAAUGAUUGAACUGGUUGUUGAAAUCGCUGGAAAUCUUAAACAUCUGUUUGAUUCAAAACCUA